AUGCUACCUCUACAGGCAUUCCGUGCCAACUUCCAAAGGCGAUGUAUCACCUCAAGUCUUACGAUCCGGACAUAUGCCAGCCAGACCCCCGGCAACCCGAUGCUUGAGGUCUUCAACCGCAAAACCAAACACCUCCAAAAAGAUCGGGCAGCCCGGAAUGUCGAAGAGAGUCGCAAAGUCGAUUACCUCAAAGAUGAAGUGGCAAUGCGGUUAUGUGAGCGAUUGCUGGACAUUAAACGCGAUUUCCCCAGUGUUCUCGAUCUCGGCGCAAACAGCUGCAACAUUGCCCGAGCUCUUACAUCCCCCAAUCUCGAUGCGGGUGCGCCGGAGGGAGUCAUCACGCCACCACUAUCAAAGAAGAUCUCGAAGUUGACAUGUGUGGAGACAUCGCAUGCACUGCUCCACCGCGAUGAGAAUGACCCGUUUAACAAAGAGAUCGAAAUCCAGCGCGAUAUCAUUCCGGAUUUAGAGACGCUUCCGUACGCACCGAACAGCUUCGAUGCCGUGCUUUCGUCACUCUCGAUCCACUGGAUCAACGACUUGCCAGCGCUCUUGGAGCAGGUAAACACAAUACUCAAGCCUGAUGCGCCAUUUAUUGCGGCCAUGUUUGGUGGUGAUACGUUGUACGAACUGCGCGGAUCGCUACAGCUGGCCGAUAUGGAGCGUCGCGGUGGUGUGAGUCCGCAUGUGUCGCCUCUGGCAGAUGUCAAGGACGUCGGCAGCUUGUUGAACCGUGCUGGGUUUAAGAUGCUUACUGUCGACGUUGAGGAUAUUGUUGUCGAGUUCCCGGAUACUUUUGCUCUCAUGCAAGAUUUGCAGGCUAUGGGAGAGAGCAAUGCGAUCAUGAACCGUGACUCGGCCCCACUGUCGCGGGACGUCUUGCUGGCCAAUGAGGCUAUUUAUCGUUCUCUGCACAUGGAGGAUGGCGCACCUGGUAUCCCCGCGACCUUCCGGUUGAUCUAUAUGAUCGGAUGGAAAGAAGGCGAGGGCCAGGCGCAGCCAUUGAAGCGUGGCAGUGGCGACAUCAACCUCAAGGAUAUCCUUGGUGGAGGAGAAUUGGAUAGGCCAUGA